AUGUCGAACCAAGCCUCCACCUCGACAGCCCAUGGUGGAGGUGCUGGUCACAGCAAUAUGGCUCAUACACCGGGCGCGUUUGCCCCUCAUGCUCGCCAUGCUAGCCUCGCCAACAGCCCAUCAGGUCAUCGUCGUAUCGGCGGCCUAGGUCCAGCUCAGCAUGCCUCACCUUCGAGCAGCCCAGCCUUUCCGCGUCCAUUCGCCAAUGUCGCUUCUUUCCCGGGAACAGUAUCAGCACCUCGAUCUGCUGCUCCUCCUAACAGCCUCUCUGCGCAACAUAGAUCCAUACAGCACCUUCCCUCGCUCACAACUCUCACUCCUACCUCGUUGGCCAAGGUACCUUUUCCGGCCGACACCCACGUAUACUGGCUGCAUCUAUCAAGGCGCAACCCUCAACCAGCUUCUGUCUCAGAUCACCAGGCCGGACAGCAAGAUGCUAUCAUGACAGCCGCUACCUCGUCUGCACGCUCCCUCGAAGAGCUCAAGUCAGCAUGGGACCUCGGCAUUGCACAAGUACUCGCAGCCGCUCGCAAGGCAAGGGCUCGCUCGCAAGCUGCUGACACCUCGAGUCAACCUGAGAAUGCAGGUUUCAAGCGUCUAUUGGGCGGCGGACCUCUCGUCUACACAUCCUCAGCAAACCCAUCAUCUAACGAUACUGCCGCACAUCGCCUCGAUGCACCAUCACGCUGUGCAAUUGCAGAUCUGUGGCUCUUCCUUGCCAUCACCAAAGAUACCGAAGCCCCGAGUAAGGCGACCAACGCGAUCGCAGAUGCUACCAGCUCCACAAGGGCACAAUCUGGUGACAUUACCACACCCAAGGCCGAGUCUUCAGCAAAAGAUGGGGUCAAGCGUGGCUCGAGUACACACCUUGUCUCGAUUCUCGACCCAACCGUUGCCCGUCACUUGUCGUCUGACGUUGCCAAAGCCAUGGCUCGUCUUGCUCUACUUGCGGACACUAGCACUGGCUCCUACCCCCUCGCAAGCGCCACGUCGACGCCUGUCGACCGCAAAGGCAAAGAGCCUUCCCUCACUUCGGAGCAGAGGGCAGCGCACAAGCGUUUCAUGACCUCACUCAAAGCAAGAGCGAUCGACUCAAUCGUGAACCAAUCUGCAGCCCUUCCAGUUAAGCCCCAAGAGCCGGGCAUGACAGAAAUGGUCGGUACACAACCCCAAAUCAAGCGCAGGAGGCUGCGACUGGGCGACAGGAUCGUCUUCCUGCCCCUCUGUCGGGAUGACUUGAUCAAGUCCACGACUGCCGAUGCUUCAUUCUUCUCGACGCCUGGUAACGCAUCAACAACAGCAGAUGGCACAGAUCAGCACAGUUUCACCACUGAUGUUGACCUGUCGCUCUGUAGCAACACACUUCUCGUUCGUGCCAUAUCCCGCAGACUUGCUGCAACUCCUCUUGCCAGCACUCGACACGCGCAAGGUAGCAAAUCCGACCGACCAGGCCCCACACGUGCUAGAUUGCUCCUAGCGCCACUUGGCUGCCAUGCAGAGAUUUUAGGCGUCAUUGCUAUGACUCGUUUUGCUGACGAGCAGCUUGCAGAUCUGCGCUCCAUGUUUGCGUCUGUGGACGAUGACCUAGCAUCCCACCGGCCCGGCGACACCGAUUCCUUAGCAUCCGGCCUUGCCGUCUGCACAUUUCCCCCAACACAGCCCCAAAGACUCAUUCCACAGACUCACUUGCAGCCGAACGAGCAGCCACGCGAGCCGUUCACGCCCAACGGACCGGUCGACAUGAACAUGGAUCUCGACGCACUGCCUACGGUGGAGCACCACGAACAGCAAGGAUUGCAGCAACAGCAACAACAACAGCGUAGCAGCCAGGAACAGAGCCAGGAGGCGAGGCAGUUCUUAUGGCCAGUCAGCUGGUGCCUCGUACUUCAAGACAAGCCGCGGAAUGCCGGUCUUGCUUCCGCACUCGGCUCGUCUGCGAACGAUGACCUCCAGAAAAUACAUAGCCAGCCCAUGACACCACUCAAAGAGUUGGUCUCCUUCACGCUCAAGGUGCUCAACGAUGCCAACGAGACUACCUUCGCACACAACACUGCGCCCUACACACCGGGCGAGCCCGACGACGCAUCGCUGGCACGGAAUCGUAUGGAUCCCUUGUCCUCCAUACGUCCUGACAUUACAUCAGCCAGUAUUGCGUUCCCCGACUUUGACUUUGCCAUGCCUGCCGCAGGUUCUGUGACUCCAUCGCAGUCUCUUACCGCCGCUGGACAGUCUAUACCAAGUACCUCUCCGGCCAAACGCGAAGCAACGAGCACUGAGCCUGGACCGGGUGCUGCAAACGCCGCCGAGGCUUUUGGUGACGAUCUCAAUUGGAUGCAGUUCCUGCCCCAGACCAGCGAAGGGCCUGCGUCUGCAUCCACACCUGCCCUCACAUCAAGCCCUGCCAUGCAAGCCGACCCAGUUGAUCAGUUCACAGCGCCGAAAGGCCAAGGCGCAUCACACAAUUCCCUUGUGUCCAGCAGCGACGAGACCAAGAGCCAACAGCCGAAUACAUCAGACUCAGCUUGGGCCUUCUCGAUGAGCUCUGCAUCAGCUCCUUCGGACGCUGGAGCUGUUGCCGCGAACGCUUCAACUUCAAAUCAGCCUGUAGCUCCAUCCUCGCUGCUGCAACCUCACGGUCAAAUGCACUCUCAAGCAUCGACACCAUUCCAAGGCGCUCAGGACACAACGCCUCUGAGUUUCGCACAGCAUGGUCCCACCAAGCGAAAAGCAGGCGAGACUGAUAUCUUCGGCAAUCUCGGGCUGCUGACAGAAGACGACUUUUCCUUCUUCGACGAGUCUGCGUUUGAUCUUGAGCCGGAGCGUGCCUCAGCAUCACUGCAACCCACUGUGCCGCAUCGCCCCACUUCUGCGCUGUCUCACCAUUCGAGCUUUGGUGCGGACCUGGGGCUGAAUCCUCCCGCGGGCUCGAUGAACGUCAUGUCUGGUGCUGCCUUGCAGCCUGGAGCAACAAUCAGCGCUGCUACGGCUCCUGGUACUGUCAGUGGACUCGACGACGUGACGAUGGAUGACAUCGGGCCGAACAGCCUUGAUGCGCUGUUCAGUGCAAUCCCGGGCUUGCAAGAUGUUAUGGCCACGUCGGCGGAGCCUUCGCAAGCUCUGCACGCUGCUCCCUCGUCCAUGGCUACGUCAGAUUCCACGGCACAGGCGGCGCAGUCGCACCUGAAUCACCCCGGAGGAUCAGACACAAACCUGGCGGCCGUCAGCUCAGCACAGUCUUUCCAUCCUGCCAUGACCUCUUUCACUCCGCGCGAUGCCUCGAGUACCACAUCGUUCGGCGAUCCAGCGUCACUGCCUGGCUUCACGCCGAGCUCGCUCACCGAGAGUUCACCCGCUUUCGGCGGCAAUCCGAGUCACAAAACGCCACGGACGCCCUAUUCUCCUGUCGAAGAGUAUCGCGACGGUGCAACGAUCGUUGGUCUGCACGAUGUCAGCCGGCCGGGUGAGAAAACUCAAAGCUAUCGAGAGCACAAUGCUGCUGACCAGGCACCGGACGCAUCGAGACAGCACCCAUUUGAUGCGCAUCACUCCAAGGGAGAGGACCAGCUGCGUCUCGCGGAUGCGAGCUCUGCCGCUGCUGCCGCUGCUAACGCCGCGAUGGAAAGCGAUACUACCAGUAGGAAGCGGCCGGCAAUCGUGCCAAACGCUUUCCUUCCCCUUGCCCAGCCCAAGGCGAGGAAGCCGCUGCAAAGGCUCACGGCAGGUGCUCGAGCUAAUCUUGGCCGCAAAUACGACCUGUUGGGAAAGUUCGCGUCCAAGCCGAAGACAACCACGGCCAUCACCACAGUCAACAACAGCAGCAAGAGCACAGGUCAGCGUCGUGUGUCCGCCGAAGCGAGCAGGAUAGGAGGACGUACCGACAGAACUAGUGCUCCAGCUCCAGUGACGGGCCAACUUGUGUCCCAGUUUGGUCCUACGCGACCUUCCCCGUCAAAGACACCAUCGCGUCGUGGACAAGCAUUGCUGAAGUUGCAUCGUGAUCGUCACAGCAAAGCACCGCCAGGAUCGGGCCUGCUUGGCAACAGACGAUCGAGUUCACAGCGAGUUCUUGAUGUGCCAGCGACGCCCAGAUCGAGCGAUGACAUCGCGCAGAUGCCAGGUGCAGUCAGUGAUGACGACAGUGACAGCUCAACUAGUGACGAUGAGAAUACUGGUGACCUUCCAAGUGAUGCGGAAGGAGCGGCUGGUGUGACACUGAGCUUGGAAGAGCAGAUGAUGAUGAAGGGUCGUUCGAGUGAGGUCGUUGCCAGCUUCCUGCGCGGGGAUCAUGUGCUCUUUUCGAGCAAGAGAGAGGUGGCGACCAAGAAGAUCGGAGCGGCUGGAGCGUUUUCAAAGCCGACGAUCAGGCGAUCGUUGUUAUCGAGGACUGCUGAGUGGUUGAUCGGCAAUCCGCAGUUCCGAGCCAUGUUUGGAUCCGUGAGCAGUGGAUCAGGAGGCUCGGAGGUUGCUGUGGGCGACAAGAUUGAGGUACUUGAGGCUAUGGCUUCUGCUCUCAGCCUUUCCUCUCAUCCAACCACCGGAAUCAGCGAGCCUUCGAAUGCCAUCAAAGAUGACGGCACAGAUGUUGCACUGCCUACUCUCGGAAGCCUGGUCAAACGCUCUUCCUCCACUGCAGGUGACGACCACAACAUCGCACAAGUGCUAGAGCCAGCAAAGAUCGCUGUUGGCUGUCAAGGAUCUGUGAUCGAAGCGUUGCCGUCGGCACUCAUGCUGUGGGACAAGUCGAAAUUAUCUGCUGUUAGCGGACAGAAGCACAUUGUCGCGAAAGUGCUUCUCACACACGCUUCCCCUGCAUGGCAUGACGAGAUCGUCUCCUGGCUCGACCGUCUUCGCAAUGCAUUCCAGGCUCACGGGCUCGGAACGCACUCCGGAGGAGCAUCAUCCAUCCUCGCCGUUGCAGACCCAACCGAGCCUUUGGCCCUAUCAAGCUACCUCGACCGACUGUGGAAAGACGGCGAAGCAUGGCUCGACACCUUGCGCUCCAUCGCUAGUCGCAUAUCCGCGGAUCUGCUCAAUGGGAAACAUGUGGUAGUGUAUACCUUGCAGCCGCCGAAUUCUGCUGGCUGCAAGGAGAGUGGCUAUCACGGUCUGCUGCGGUUGGAGGCGGAUUUGAGAGCGAUGUUGAGGGAGCAAGUUGGUGUUUUGGCUGAGCAGGUGUUGGUGAGGGUGGUCAGUCCGGAGAUGGUGACCGAAGGAGGCAGUUUAGGGCUGGGAAAGGAGACGGGUGGAGUGAGAAGGUUGGUGUUUGGAGUAUAUGAUCAGUUGGGGAGGAUUGUAAGGAGGCAGCCAGGAAAGGUGUUGCAUGGGACAGAAGGCGGGGCAGUGUCGGGGGUUGUUGAUUUCCCGGUGUGGACCUUGGCUGCAGGUGAGGGGAGGACCAAGUUUGAACUUGCAUCAGGAGUCGAGCCAGCGCUGACGGACAGUGAGGGUUUGAUUUUGCAUGUUUCUUACUGGAUCUGUCAGGCUGCUCCUGUUGGUGGUGGUGGUGGUGGUGACGGGGAGGAUGCUACGCAGGAGACCCUCAUCAUCGUUAGCGCAAUGGACGAACGUGCUAGCAGCUCCACCAUCGACGUCUUAACUACUCCAACUGGUGAGAUCGAGAACUGCAUCGAGAAGGUAUGGCUAUUUGCCAUCGCCCAAGCUUCUCGUGCGCGGGUUCGUUGGAGACUCGCCAUCUCAAGUGCAAGCAACAUUACUCGCCGUGAGUUCACAGCUUGGCAUCGGCUGGUCGAAGUCUAUCUCAACGCAACUCAGGUGAACGAUAGAGUGAUGGGGAGUGUAGCCCUCCUCAGCGUACGGACGGACGAAAGCGAAUCGAUCCUGCUCGAGAAAAGUGACAAAGUUCGACCCAGCGCUGAUUGGACCUCGGCCGCAACCACUACAACUGCGAGAUCAGAGAAAGUGCUGUUGGAGGCUAGCCAAUUCUCCCAAUUUCUACAAUUUCAGGCCGGAAUGCCGAUGAAUUGGACAACACCCUUCGGCUCUACCCUGCAAAACACAGAAGAGGAGGAAGGGGAAGAGGUGCUACCGAAACAAAGUGCAAUUCUGUUGCACAAACCCCGCAGAGCAGGAGCAGGACACGUUUUAGCUGUGGACUUGAUUCAAGACUGGCUAUCGCAGGAAGAGGGGAAUGGCUGGGAAGGUAUUGUGGAGAGUUUGCAUAGACUAAGGUUGGUUAGCGAAGAAAGGCACCAAUUGCCGCCACCGUGGAAUGGGAUACCCUGGCCACAGGGUAGUGUCGGGAUGCUGUCAGCAUGCCUUGAUAGGGCGAUGGUUGUCGACUAG